CAGCUGCUCUGUGGCCAUCAACUCUCUCGCCUCCUGCUUGUGGGUUUCUUACUGUUUUCUGCCUUUUUCAGCUUGAAGUUGGAAUGUGACAAACUGGCCAGCGAGAAAUCCGAGAUGCAGCGUCACUACGUCAUGUACUAUGAGAUGUCCUACGGGCUCAACAUUGAAAUGCACAAACAGGCUGAAAUCGUCAAGAGGCUAAAUGGGAUUUGUGCUCAGGUCCUGCCCUACCUUUCGCAGGAGCAUCAGCAGCAAGUCCUUGGGGCCAUUGAACGGGCCAAGCAGGUCACGGCGCCAGAACUGAACUCCAUCAUCCGUGCUCUGCUGCUCUCCAGGGCCCUGAAUGAGCUUCAAGCCUGGCUCAACCUCCCUUUAGCAUCCCAGUCGCUUGGCUCGGGCUCCCA